CGCGACGACCGUCCGAGCCCUCUCCACCACAUCGGCCUCGUGCAGCAUCCAACUCUGUCUUUCCUCGACGCGUACAACCACGUCGAGUGCUUUUGUGCUUUCGCCUCGCCAUUUGACGGCCGUCUUCUGCUUCGACAUCUCCCACUACCAGGCCUUUCCCGCCACGGCUCCGGCCUGCUUCCUGCCUCCAGAUCACGCGCGCCCGGACGCCACGCUCUCUGUGAAGCUCUCCCCAUCGCCCGCCCAUCGUCACGCGCGCGCACUCCAUCACCAUGGCCGAAUCUGGUGUCAGCAACACGAGGCUCUAUCUCGGGAACCUCCCACGCAAUGCUACCAAGGCCGACGUUGAGAACCACUUCAACACCCAUGGCACCGGCGAGAUUACCGAGAUCAAGCUGAUGAAUGGCUUUGGCUUCAUCGAGUACAAAGAUGCCAUGGAUGCGCGUGAUGUCGUUCCAGCUGGCUAGAUGGAUCCGAGUUCAUGGGCGAGCGGCUCGUCGUUCAAUUCGCCCGUGGCUCAACUCGUCCUCGUGAUGGCUUCGAGCAGCAACCUCGUAUGGCCCCUCGUCCAAGACGUACUAUCCACCGCAUGACCAUUACUGGAUUGCCAUUCGAGACCAGCUGGCAGGAUCUCAAGGAUUUCGCGCGUCAGUCAGGCCUGGACGUUGUCUACAGCGAGGUCAACCGCGAGCGUGACCCCAGCGGCACUGGCAAGGGUUUCGUCGAGUAUGAGACUGCCGCUGAUCUAGCUUCCGCCGUGGAGAAGCUCGACAACUCCGAGUUCAAGGGCUCUACUGUCCGCUGCAUCUCAGACCCUCAAACUGAUGUGCCACGCCCACGUGAGCGCUUCCGAUCUCGCUCUCCUGGCUUCCGCGGAGGCCGUGGUGGCUAUGGCCCGCCUCCAGAUGACUACUAUGGUGGCGGAGGCUACGAUCGCCGAGGACCGCCACGUGGCUAUAGCCCACGCCGCGACGACUAUCGUCGCCGCACUCCUCCACCGCGCGAUUACUACGGCGGUGACCCACGCGAUGACCGCUAUGGUCCUCCACGCGGCGGUCGCCCACCUGUCGAUGACUACCCACCACGUGGAGGCGGCUACCCAGAUGACCGCUACGGCCCACCACCGCCCCGACGAGGAUACGAGCCGGAGCCUUACGCCAACGGACAUGGUCGUGAGCCAUAUGCCGGCCGUCCACGAAGCCCUCCCCCGAGAGAAGGUGGCCGAGGCUACGGCGGCGGUGGCGGCGGUGGUGCCCGCGAGCCAUAUGGAGAGAGGCCUUACUGAACGCCCUCUGGAUCGAUGCGGAGCGCAACAUACGACACCAGCACCUACAUAAUGAAGUUCACAGAAGGACACGAUGUCACGAGUUAGACUGUACUCUCACGGGAUGGACUUGUUGCUUGGUCGCGGGAGGGCGCUCUACUGCGGAUCAAGAUGCACGAGGGGCAUCAAUGCGAAAUGCGCACAUUUCUCUGGGUUUCAUUUUCAUGCGCGAUCUCUGGUUUUGGCGCUUGGCUCCAUGCACCAUACGCUCGCCGGCUGUCGAGUUUCGCGGGUACGCAUGGCCACGGAUCCUCUCCAACUGUAGCAUAACUUCUGGAGAGUACGUUGGCCAACGGCGUUUCUGCUUUCCAAACAUUAAUGGCUGGCCUUCAAAGCGGAUUUGGUGUGCGUGUGUAUCAUCAGACUGGUAAAAGCAAAAUCGAUACGGGUUGAACAGUACAAUUAUGCCAUGCCUCCGCCCUGACCUAUUUUUAACUGAAUACUGGCGCCGUUCCGCCCCGGGGUUGACCCUCAGCUUGUGUACAUGUGCAACCAACCG